UGCUUCUCCUUCAGAUACGGCACCGGGGCGGCGGCGUUGCGCGCGCAGGAGGCCGAGGUGGCGGUGCCCCCGUCGGUGCCCGUGCGCGUCGCCUACGAGCUGCAGCUGGCCGGCCACCGCUACCUCGACGUCAGAACCGAUAGUGAGUUCGGCGCCGGGCACCCCGCAGGAGCCGUGAACAUCCCUUACAUGUACAGCACCGGCUCAGGGAUGUCCAAGAACUCGCAUUUUGUAGAGCAAGUGUCGGCGAUCUUUGGAAGGGAUGCCGAGAUCAUCAUCGGAUGCCAGAGUGGCAGGAGGUCUCUCAUGGCGGCAGCUGAGCUCUGCUCCGCGGGGUUCACUGCCGUGACCGACAUCGCAGGAGGGUUCUCUGCCUGGAGGGAGAACGGGCUGCCGGUCAGCCGAUGAUAGCAGGCGGCUGGCUUCUCUGAACUUUUCUGAAACACAAUAAUCUGUUCAGGAGGCUCUGAUGCCUCCUAGUCCAAUGUUGUAACAGUAUGGUCGUCUUGAUCACUGGUUCAAGACGCCACAUGGCUAUGGUAAUCCACUGAAUAAAAAUUGAGUUGAGUGCAA